GUGUAUUGAGGCCUCAGCUCACGUUAACCCCGCUUUAACAGGCCUGCAGUCGCUGCAUCGUUCCAGGUGUGAUGCUUUCACACCUCCGGGCUCCGCAGACGUCUGAAGUCGCUGCGCAGCCUCUGCUGUGCCAGCCGGCACGGAUGGUCGGCCCAUUCACACAUUCCCUCGGUACCACCUUUGAUCGCGGCUGGGAUAUAACCCCCAGAGAGCCCACGGGUCACAGUCAGCGGCUGCAGCUCCAGAGGCAGGAGGACAAUGUCUGCGGUUGGUGGGAAAAUGCGCGUCCGGGACCUGAACCACUUUCAGAUGCUUCACGACGGGCCUCCGCACAUGAGCCGCGUGGUGAGCUCAGAAUUCGGAUCCUCGGAUGUUACGAACUACUUUACCCCCACAAACUCUGCACCAAGGGAGGAGAAAUGCAUGACCAUUCUAACGCACAGGAGAAAGAGGACCAACUUCACCCAGCAGCAAAUACAAGUGCUGGAAAAAGUUUAUUCUGACACAAAAUAUCCUGACAUCUACCUCCGAGAGCGCCUGGAGGCUCUGACUGGACUGCCAGAGUCCAGGAUUCAGGUUUGGUUUCAGAACAGAAGGGCCAAGUCUCGUAGGCAGGUGGGAUCCUCAGUCUCCAAGGUCUCAAACACCCCAGGAGGUGUCACCUUCAGCCAAAUCCAGAGCAGAAUGUCCUCUCAAAAAGCUUAUGAGCACAACUCUGAGAUGCAAAGGAUGGGAGCUUUUAAAGCACAUGAUAGUUUUAUGCCGCUUAUUCAACAAAGCGCUGUGGAUCCUCACAUGACCAGACUUCCAGGGAAUUCCAGCAAUUACACUCAGAAAUCUUCAUCAUGCCUUUAUGACAUCAAGGGACCCAGAGGCCCGGCUGGCCAAGUGCAGCAACACAAACCCACCAUCCCCACCCCAAGCUUCCAUCUCUAUCCCACCCAGAACGAGCAUCAAGUCAAGACUGAAGCCAACAAGCCUGAUAACCAGGCUCCAAAAGUCUUAGUGGAGUACGACAACUUCCCACCUAAUAAAACUAUCGGGCCGGAGAUGAAAAUUGUGAUACCUCCGAUCCCCAGCAGUUUCACAAGGUCGUCUCCAAAUGAUAGCGUGUGUCAGAUGCAGUAUCCACAAAUGAGACUUACAGGUGGAGGACUCGGCCACUUCUCUCCCAUUCAAAACAUGGAAGCACAGAACAUUUCCGACACGGAUUCUGACUGGGAACAGGAAACGAUGGCCGGCUUCAGUGGCUUCUGCGAUCUUUAAGGAGCCUCCAAGAUCCACGGGAGUCUGUAUUUAUUGUAAAACGUAAUAAUAUUCAUGACUGUAUUUGUAUUUUCCGAGUUGUGUAUAAAAUAAAAGAAAAAAAA